UUGUCACACAGCUUCCGAUUUGUUGAUCUGAUUGUUUUCCUUUUUUCCCAAACUCCAACUUUGUAUGAUUUUCCACAGCCAACAAUGGACAUUGAAGUCUAAUUAACAGAUGAUAAAUGGAUGUAUAUAGCAAUUUUAACGUAAGCUUAUUAAUAUUGUCUCGUGCAUUUUUUUUUUGUGCAGAAAAUUAUUGUUUUGUGUGAUUUGGAAGAAUAUCCUUAAUUUGAUGGAUAACAUGACUUAUCCUUUGAGACUGACUCUUAUGGUGCCCAAAGAUUCUAAAUCAUAUUGGCAUAUAUAUUUCACUUGUUUUCUUUUCAUUUAUCUGCUUAUAUUAUCAAUUAAUAUUCGUCUUGUUAUGGUCAUUAUCAUGCAGAAAUCUCUUCAUGAACCAAUGUACAUAUUCUUGUGUCAUUUGUCUGUAAAUGGAGUUUAUGGAGCCUCAGGUUUUUAUCCUAAAUUUCUUUCUGAUUUAAUAUUGGAUUCAUACGUGAUCUCUUCUCACAUGUGUGCUCUGCAAUCCAUUGUUAUUUACAGCUCUUUACUGUGUGAGUUUACAAUAUUAACAGUGAUGUCUUAUGAUAGAUAUGUAGCCAUAUGCAAACCUUUAGACUAUCAUUCCAAAUUAACUAAAAACACCUGUGUGAAAUUAAUUCUGUUCUCAUGGAUUGUUCCCAACUUCUCUGUGAUUCCAGGAGCCCUGUUAUCAAACCUGAGACCAUUUUGUAAAUAUCAUAUUGACAAAUUAUAUUGUGACAACUGGUCAAUUGUAAAGCUGUCUUGUGCAUCAUCUUUUGUUAAUAAUGUCUAUGGAUAUAUUGUUGCUGUUAUAUUUUGUUGCUGUGCAGUUAUCAUUACUGUGUCCUAUGUCAAACUGAUAUCUGCAUGUAAAGCAUCUUUAGAGAAUAGAAGGAAAUUCUGGCAAACAUGUCUGCCACACAUAUUAUCACUGAUAAAUUUCACUUUUGCUUUGCUUUUUGAUGUUAUGUAUAGCAGAUAUGGUUCAAAUGACAUUCAAGAGGGUCUCCGCAAUUUUUUGGCUCUAGAACUUGUGAUAGUCCCACCUGUGUUCAAUCCUCUAAUCUAUGGACUAAAUAUUAGAGCAGUGCGCAGAGUUUUUUCCUCAUGCAUUUCCACAAGAGUGAACACUUCGGAAGCUCAAAAAGGCAUAAAACCUUGAAAAUUGUACUGUACUGUACUGAAACAGGCAUGCAAAUGUUAUCAUUUUAUGAAUGAAUUGUAACAAGAAAAAAAAAAAAAACAUGUACAAGCUGUCAACAUUAUAUAUGAAAAUC